AUGACGAGCCACGACUCCUCUGCGACGGGGAGAGGAAUCGACGAGAAAACGAAAGAGGUCAAGUUUGAAGAGAACGACGCCGGGAAUCCUCAAAACUGGCCAAGAUGGAAGAAAUUGCUAUCAUUCCUCCCUCUAAUCCCCCUAGACCUGGUAGUCAGUUUUGGAGCAUCCGGCUACUCACCAGCUACCAAGAGCUUCACCCAGACAUUUGGUGUCUCCAAUGAAAUCGGCGUGCUGGGACUCUCUCUGUAUACUCUGGCGCUGGCGUUCGGCCCUCUGGUCAACGGUCCUGCUUCCGAGUAUUUUGGCAGACGACCAGUCUAUAUCGUCUUCUACGGCUUGGCCAUACCCUUCUACGCUGGCUCCGCUCUGGCACCCAACGUAGGCGGCUUUCUCGCAACUAGGUUCUUCUGCGGCUUCUUCCAAAGUGUUACGAUUGCCGCUAUCGGUGGCACUAUAGCCGACUUAUGGACCCAUCAUAAUACCGGCAUGCCCAUGUCCAUCUUCUUGUGGGCAGCAACAGGUAAGCAAUGGACUUUCUCAUCGUACUCUGUAGGCUUCAUACUAACUCGGACAUCUCCUUGCCCAUAGCUGGCUCUAGUAUUGGCUUCUUCUUAUUGUCCUUCGUGGCACAGUAUAGAGACUACCAGGACGUCUUAUGGACCAUCAUGGGCAUCUCCGGCCUGGUCUAUCUUCCCGUGGUCGCGGCAACUCUGUACUGUGGCGAGACCCGUCACAGCGUGAUUCUUCGCAAACGAGCAGCCCGACUCCGUAAGGAAACUGGGGACGACACCGUCGAUGUCGCCCCUGAGUACCGCCGCAAAUCAUUGAAGCAGAUCUUACUCGUCACACAAUCGAGGCCCUUUCGAUUCCUCGCCACCGAGCCAGUUGUUCAACUCGGUGCAAUCUAUAAUGGUUAUUUGUAUGGCAUCAGCUUUUUGCUCAACGGUGCCUUCAACCUCGUCUUCGGUCCCAAAGGUCACGGCCUCAGUACCCUCCAAGUCGGACUCUGUUUUCUGGGAAUCGCGGGUGGGAUCACGUCUGGCCCUCUGAUCAACCUCCUCCAAGAACGAUACUAUCAGAACCGGGUCGCCUUGGCGCCAAAUCCGCACAAUCUCCCCGAGGCCCGGGUCAUGAUGAGCAAGUUCGCCGCGAUCGCACAUCCAAUCUCCCUCUUCUGGUUCGCCUGGACGACAUACAAAUCCAUCAAUCCAGCCGUACCCGUGUUAGCAACCGCGCUCUGGGGCUGGUCCUUCUACAACCUCAUACUCAUGACAUACCAAUACACCGAAGAUUCCUACAAAGAGUAUGCGGCUUCCGCAUUAGCCGGUCUGGGAUUCAUUAGGAACCUGGCAGGAGCUGGCUUUCCUUUGUUUGGCAACCAAAUGUUUGAGAACGAGGGCUACCAAUGGGCUGGAUCCAUUCUCGCGUUUCUUGCACUCGUCAUGGUGCCGAUACCAUUUGUGCUGGAUCGAUACGGGGAAAGAUUGAGAAGACGAAGUCCUUGGGCGGCGCAACAUAUGGAUGGUGUAGACUGA